CAGGCAGUUCGAAAAAAACCGAUUCUCGUCAAAAGACAACUCGCGCAUAGAUACUAUCCGCAUAGAUAACCAGCAACCGUAUCUUCUAUCAUUCGCCUCACCUUCUCGCCAAGCCACCUUUGAACUUUUCCUCUCAACGCAGCAAGAACGGGCCCUGUCACUACGAAAAUAAUCCGCCGCGCCCACUAUGAAAGCCAAGCUCCGCACCCCGGGCCCUGUCGAGGUUGUUAACCCGCUCUUCCUCAACCCACGCCCCAAGAUCGGUGGCGAGUACAAGGCGGCACUCAAGCGGCUCCUGCGAGCCAGGGCCGGCGGCAUACGCGAGGGGGACAAGCCGCUGCUCCAGGCCGUCAUGCCCACGCUCAUCCGCGCCGCCAACGACCCCCUCAUGCCGGACCCCGACCGCUUCUACCAGGACCCGGACUACUUCCCGGACUACACUGGAAUUCUGCGGUUGGUGCAGCAGCUGCGGGCGUGGUAUGGCACCCGAAUGUAUUUCUAUCGAUGAGAGGGGUGAGUGGUGAAUUC